AAGAGAUUUCCAUCUCACAUUUGUACCUUCAACUUUAAAUGACUAUUUUCAGUAUUCAGUUAAACAUCAAUCGGGAUUAUACUGUGACCAAAUAAAGUUUUAGCUUUUAUUUCUCUAAUGUUGUUAGUUUAUUUAUUUAUUUUUCUUACUUCUCCUUUUUCCCUCUGUAUAGAUUCGUGAAAAGGUAUGUAAUAUGUUGAUUACGUAAUGAAAUAUUAAUUUUAUUAAUUUAAUGUUAUUGUUGUGUUGUAAAUUAAUUGUAGAAUGCACCAUAUAAGUCACUUGAUUUAUAUGCAGACUGUGAUACUACCCAGAUGCCCAAACCGAAGUAGGUGGUUUUCUUAUGGGGCCACAUCCGGAGCCUAAGACCUAAAGGUCUGAUCCACAAGGCAGUGGAGCAUCGUGAGGAGAUGCAGUCCCAUGGUAGCUGGUGAUCAACGAUUGGUUCAUACGUCAUUUGUUCCUGCAGGAUACUGGAACCCAUGUUCACCAUUGGUUUGGAAUGAGGGUUUUCCAACUCCUGUAGGUGGACUCUUCAUAUUCACCAACCCGGUUACAGCGCCGGACAUUAGCUUUUCGUCCUCUCAAUUUCGUAAACAACAACUCUGUCUUGAGAAGGAAAUGAGUAGGACUUCGCUGGUAGAGGCUGUUUACGCGUGUCCAUGUGAGAGCAUUUCGAGAGGGUGGGAUGACUCUCCCCAUCCUGUUCCGUAACAGGGCAUUUGGUGGCAAGUUCUCGCACCUCAUUAUCACAAAUGUAGAAAGCUCAGUCGAUUUUCUCUUAUUUACUUCAUUUGUGAUGUUGAUGAAAUAACUUUACGCCAACUGAUGACGUGUUUGUUAUGUAGCAGUUUUCUUCGUUCUAUUCUAUAACUGUGAAAUGUGGUCUUUGAAAAUGGGAGAUAUUCGUAGGUUACUGAUAUUAGAUCAUAGAUACCUUCGAACAAGUGCUCGUGUACUUUGAGGCUAUAGGGCCAGCAGUUCUGAAAUCAGACAUAGAGUACUAGUUACGCACUACAAGUUUAUUGAUGAGGUAGUGAAUCACUAUCGAGAGUGAGAUGUUUGGAUCACGUAUUAUUUAUUUCUAUUUAACUACCUCGACGCGUUAUGAUUGGUGGUGUUAGAAUGAGUAGAUUGGAAGAAAGCUAUGGAUAGCCAGACCAAGACAGGGGAUCAGUCCAUGAAGGUGCUAAUUAUUGGACUGAGCCAUGUAGUUCGGUCCCAAUUACAUAGUUGGAGCUUACGAAAUUAUCAUAAUUAUUGGUUUGAGACUUUGAGUAACCUGUUUGAUAGUGUCACUAUGGACUGGUGCCACAUUUUGGUGUAGUGAUUCUUUGCUUCCUUUUAACAUAUUCCCAUUAUUUCUUGAAAUCGGUGGUAGCUGUUGCUACGUAACACAUAGUCUGUCACUUUGGUCUAUAAAGAAUAGGCCAAAUGAUAUUUAGGAAAUAAAUUGAUUAAUCAGUAAGUAGUCCCAAGUGCGACAUUUAUUCAUUGGUUAAUAAAACAGUUGUUUCCUUGUAACAUGAAACUUCUUAAAAGUUCACAUUCAUGAUCUGAUUAACGAAUGAGUUGUAGAGGAAUUUCAUAUAUUUCCAGCUUCAAAUCAUUGCAUGGUAUUAAAAGACUAUAAUCUCUUUAGUAUCGAUUACAUCUUUCCAUAACUUCUUAUUCUGACUUUUGGAAUUCAUCUCAAAAUUAGUCAGUCACUAAAUAACCGUAUGGCUAUUGUCAUAAGUCUAUUGGUAUUGACUCAUCCACCGUACUUGUCUUUAAGCUAUCAAUGAGGUAUAAUAACUAAUCUUACCUCUUAGUUACGUAAACAGGAAUCGAUUAAGCCAUCUAUUCAAACUUGUUGCUUAGUAGCUGAAGGUCUAGCUCCUUAACCACUAAACCACCGCUUCAACUACUUUUCGGAAUAAAGGUCUUUGCAGCGAAAUUAAGUAAUUUGAUCAAAUAAGUUGUUCAUUAUUCCCUGAAUUACCUGAAAUCAGUUCAAGUUGUGAAUUACAAAUAAUUCAUGUUGCAUUUUAUUGCUUUCCAAAACUUUGAUUUCACCGACUGUUUUUAUAUUUACUCAUUGUUUGUUUUUCUUAUCACUUCGCUGUUGGUGAUUGUCAAAAAGGCUGAAUUUCAAGCUAUUUGUUACAAUUCACCAAAUAAUAAUGAUAAUAAUGAUAAAUUUAUAACAAAUGAAGAUACAACUUUAAUCUCAUCAUUGAAUACAUCAUUCACAAGUAGUAAUACAUCUAAUGACAAUGCAUCAAAUACUGUAAACGAGUUGAAUUCUACACCUGAUAACAACAAUUCAAGCCGUUUUUCAGAAAAUGCUUCUAUUAAAGAACUAAAUUCUAAUACUAUUACAUCAAUUACUACUAAUUCUGCAUUACAAAUGACAACUACUAAUCCCUCUUCUAGUUCCCUUAUUCAUUCUGCACAAUUCCCUGGUCGACGACAUCAACAAACUGAUCAACGGUUACGUGUAUCUGUCACAAAUUCUCCACAAUCACCUAAUACAAUAAUCUCUAAUAACACUGUAACAUGUGAAUUACCGGCUACUACUACUAAUAGUAGUGGUAGUAAUAGUAAUUACCCGUCAUCACUAGAUACUGUACAUACGCAGUUUUUUGCUUGGUCUUGUCGAUGGUUUACUCGUCCACUUUUAUCUAAAUAUGGACAAUUGAACAAUGGACAAUCGAAAAGUCAAACUACCUCAAAAAACUCCUUCGAUUAUGAACCAGUCUCAUUGGGUACAAUCUCUAUUGAUCCAAAAGCAGUCGCUUAUACAGAUCGUGUAAAUCGUUUAAAAAAACAACGAAAAAUUUCUCAUCUAGGACGUUUACAAUGGGAACGUGUUGCUGGACAAAUUUCACAUCCAAUAGUUACAUCUAAUUCAAAUGUUAACACUACAACAACUACAAUCAGUCGAAAUAUUUCAUUUUGUAAUUCAACACCUAUCACUACUACUACUUAUAAUAAUAAUAUUAGUAGUAGUGUUGGUAUGAGUAACAUGAGUAGAAGUCGUAUUAGUCUUCGUAGCAAUGAUAGUGGUGAUAAUAAUAUAAAUAAUUCCCUAGAUAAUUAUUGUUUACAUCCUAUAGCUUUUUAUAAUCAUCAUCUCAAUCAUGGCAAUAAUAAUAAUAGUAAUAAUGAUAAUUAUUGUUCUAUAUCAAGUCAAAUGAAAUUUCAUCCAUAUCAAUCUCAUUUAGUGAUGAUUAAUUCAGAACGUAAAGGUGUUACAAUACAUUCAACGAAAAAUUUAAAACUUUUACAUUCAAUUAAUACAUUCACUACAAAAUCAUCAUUAUUCCCUGAUUUUCCUUCAACUAUAGACGGAUAUUCACGUGUUGGAUAUGUCACUGAUAUUGAAUUUAUAAAUGCAGAUGAAGAGGAAAGUUUAUUGUUAACUGCAACCGAUGAUGGUUACAUUCGUAUAUGGCGUAAUUAUACACAUCAUCUUGGUCAAGAUCCUGAAAUUCUUACUGCUUGGAAUGGAAUAACAGAUUUAUAUCAAACUGAUUAUCCAGUUGGUGUUGUUGUACAUUGGAGUCAACAAGCAAAUCAACUUAUUGUAUCCGGUGAUACACGUAUUAUACGUAUAUGGGAUUGUUUAUGUGAAUCUAGAUUAAGAGAUAUUAAUACAGGAUCAGAUACAUCAGUGACAUGUUUAACAAAAAGUAUAGAUAAUCAUUUAUUAGCUGCUGGAUUCAAUGAUGGUGGUAUACGUGUUUGGGAUGUACGUAUACCAUCUUUGAAUCAUAUUAGUUGUAAUAAUAUUAGUGGUAGCAGUAGUAGUAGUAGCAGCAAUGAUAGUCUUAUUUUCAACAGUCAAGCUGAUACUGCUAGAAUUUUCAAAGUUGUCUUUUCAUCAACUAAUCGAUUAUAUGCUGUUGGUGCUAUGGGUGGAAUUGGUGCUUGGCAUUUAUCAUUUCCAACUGAGAAUAAUAACACUACCCCUACAACAAUCACUUCAAAUACUCCACUUUUAUCAAAUUCAUUGAAUUCUAAUAACAAUAAUAAUGGUGACAGUAUUUGUCAUGAUCAUAUCAAUCUAUCAAAUCAUCCACGUCGAUAUAUAUCCACAGUGGUUAGAUCAUCAACAAAUAAUACUAUUAAUAAUUCUUCAACAACUCGACGAUUUCGACGUUUACCUUGUCCACCACGUUUAUCUUUACCAAUGAAUUCAUCGGUUAAUUGUGCUGAUUUAUUGGUUAAUCUAUCAUCACCACAUGCACAUCUUGCGUUAGCUGGUAUUCGUGGUCAAUCAAGUAUUUCAUUACAUCGUAUUCAAGAUGGUAGUUUACAUUCUUCUAUCAGAAAUUUUAAUAUUACUAACAAUAAUAAUUUUGGUCGUGAACAAUUUGGAACUCCCAUAUGUUGUGCUUUUCAUCCAAACGAGCCAUUGAUUGCAGCCGGUUUCCAUGAUCGAACACUUGUUCUUUUAAAUGUUCAAAAUAAAUCCAUAAACAAAGAAGUAUAAAAUCAAUUGAAGACUAUUUUAUCACGCAUAGAGACACACACACACACACACUUUGUACAUGAUUCAUUUCUUUUUUCAUUCAUUCUUUGCCAACUAUUCAAUUAUUAUCAAUGAUAUGUUUAUUGUCUAUUUGUAUGUUUGUUGGUUACAUAAUAAACAAGAGUAGAUUAUUAUUUAUUGAUUUCAGUUCAAUAGAAAUGAAAAGAAUCAUACUUAUCAAUGUUUCAUUAUUUAUCAUUGUGAAUAUCCCUGUGAUCAUUAUCAUCAUCAUGAAUAUUUUUAUCGUUUCUCAUCUAAAUGAACAGAUUACAUGAAUGAAUACUCUUCAUUGUUUAGGAAUCUACACACACACACACAGAUAGACGAAGAUAAGCUUAUUGUUUCCAUAUUGUCCAUAAUUCUUUUAACUUGUAAUUUCUGUUCUAGAAUUGUUUAUAUCGAAAGAAGAAAACAAAAAUGAGAUGACAAGUUUUUAUGUUGAUUAAAUUGUUCUUUUCAUUGUUCACUAUGUAUGUAUCUACGUUAUGAACAAACACUUUCUUGGUAGUAGUCAUGGUGCUCUGUGGUGGUGGUGAUGAGGUUGGGGUUCUCAUUUACUUAGUCGAUAUGUUUAACAUGAUAAAAUUGUCAUUAUUUUUUAUUGAACACUAAUAUUCAAUGUAAUUCAUACAUCAUUCAUUCAUUACCAUUGUAGAUAGAUACUGUUCUAGUUGUGAAGUUUAUAUAGAAAAGAAUCUUUUUUUUUUUGUAAAGAUAAAUCCAAGUCGUUGGAUUCAUAUUUGGAAGUGCUUUUUAACUAAAACAUUAAAAGCAAAAAGAUAAUUGAAUUAUCUUUGUAAGUGUGCAUCAAUUAGAAUGACAUGUUGUGUUUCAUCACAUGCUGUUCUGCUGCAAUUUAUUAUAAUCAUGAUGUUAAAAGUGUAUGUAUGUAUGUACGACAUAUGAAUGUGUAUAAACACUAGUGUUCUUUUUUUUAAAGUUAUACUCGAUCUUCUUGACAACAUUUCUAUCUAUUUGGGAUUGUUUCGUUUUACAACUAUUCUGUUCAUAUACAAUGAGAAAAGAAUUCACAUCGAUCAAACGGUUUUUGUUUGCAUUAAGUCAACUUGGCAAGAUUUCCAACUUGAUUAACCCGAUUUGGGGAACUGCAUAUGCCUUGACGUGUGACGUUCGAGAAUAGAUACUGAUAUUGUUUCUGACUGGAUAAGUGUUAUAUCUAGAGCUUAGAUUCUUAAUAUGCCGCGUAUAAUUUGAGCACUGGAACGCUAGAACCCUCUCAAGUCGCAAAUAAGUCAACAUAGUCUGUACCGAUGAAUAAUAUGUCAUCGAGAUAGGCCGCAGUACCUGGAAUACCUUGUAGCAUGGCGUUCAUAACUGUUUACUGUCAAGUAAUGCUUACACUCUUCCGCCAGUGUAAUCUGUAGGUCCAGUUUUGCAAAAUACUCCCCCCAUUCAGUUUCGCAAAUAAGUCUUCUGGUAACAUUGAAGUGUACUGAUAGGUUUUCAAGUAAUUCAUUUCAUCCAGUGACAUAAUCUGCGCAUAGCCAUAUACCUCCAGUAUACUAUUUAACAAUCACUAUUGGUGCUGCUCAAUCAGAAAAAAUCACUGGUUCUAUGGUUGCACUUCUUUGUAGGCGUUCUGAUUCUUGUUCAACAAUAGGUAGCGCUGCAUAUUGUACAGGUCUUUUGGAUAGAGAGUUGCUCCAUGUUUGAGGGUUAAUAAUGCUUUAGUCUUCGUACAUUCUCCCAUUCCUUCUUUAAACCGGUGUUCGUUUACAACAUAAAUUUGGUCAUGCAAGUUCACUAAUUCCAGAUGAAGAAGCAGAUAAUGUAGGAGAGGUCUUACCUUAAUCGAACGGGGAAAAAUCAUACGACGUAUCAAAGCAAGCAGUGAUAAAAGCCGUUUAGUUAACAGACCGGCAAACCGCCAAGCAGCUGCUCAGUCGAGUGCGAUUUGGAGAUAGGAUUUGAUCGCAGUCAAAAAAUUUAUGAGUAGUAUAAUCGGGGACAGAAAGUCAAUGGAUCCGACGACUCCCACUGAAUGUCCAACAGAUCCUUGCAUUCGGGAUAGCGAUGCAGACAUAGACAAAACUAAAAUAGCCGAUAGGAUUUAUGAGACAAAGGCACAACUUCACAGAUGAAAGAGUCGAUGCAUUACAAAAACAGAUGUUAUGUUAUGUGCCACAAACUGAACCUAAAUCAGAACGACAGUGAGAUGUGGUCGCGAAGUUGAUCGAGAGAUAGAAGCCGAUUAUGCUCUGGGAGACGCUCAACUCCUACAAUAUGCCGGUAGCACCAAUCGUCCGACGUCAGAGCGCGAAAAUAUAAAUCAUGCAAAUUUAAACGAUCUCAUCGGUUGUCGGAAAAGGCUGCGACAUCUAGCACAGGUCCUAGAAACAAUAGUUUAUGUACAGGACAGUAACAGGAGAUCGAUUCUUAGUAGACACGGGGGGAGGGAUAAGCGUCGUGCCCUCAGUGAGCGACAAACAUUAGUACGACACUAACCCUGAUGCAGCAAACAAAUCCGAUAUAAAAACACAUGGAAAGCGACAACAAACCUUGAAUUUUGGUAGUAGUACUUCAUUUUGCUGGGAAUUCAUUGUCGCAGAUGUAUGCGACUAGUAGAUUCCCGACGAAAACGGGCUGGUGAAUGGAGACCAUUCAGUAGCUAGAAAAAGAGUGACCACCGAUCACGUAUCUAUGAAUUUAGUAGGGUGAAAAGACGAGAGUGAUAUAGGUAGUAGGAGUCAACAGAUUUGGCGAGGGCAUCAUGAGAUAAUAUAGAUCUUAAACAUACUGUGCAGCACCAUAUUUUAACGAAAUACCCACCGACAAAUGCAAGACCACGAAGGUUAGACCCAAAAAUGGCUAAACGAGAACUCCAAAGAUUGAUGAUCAUAAGGCUAUCUAACAGUCCCUGGUCAUCCCCGUUGCAUACGGUUCAGGCCAUGUGGAGAUUGUAGAACCCUCAACAGACAAACUGUGGCAAAUAGAUAUCCGGCGCCGCACAUCCACCACAUUACUACUGAUAUGGAAGAUUCCUCGAACUUUUCAAACAUUGAUCUUGUUCGGGCUUAUUACAUUCCCAUGGCGCCAGAAGAUAUAACAAGAACGGCGAAUGCCCUUUGAAUUAACUAAUGCAGCCCAAACCUCCCAGCAAUUUAUUGGUCAGGUUGUUGGAGGUUUGACAGAAGUAUACGCAUAUAUCGAUGAUAUACCAGUAGCCAGCGCUACCGUAGGAAAUCUACGACAGUUGUUUCUGAAACUUCAAGAACAUGGCGUCACUAUUAACGUGGAAAAGUGUGAGUUUGGAAAGGAAUCAUUGCGAUUCCUGGACCAUACGAUAAAUUCUCAAGGUAUAAUGCCAGUUCCAACAGACGGUGCUUCUAUUCGUAGUUAUCCGUUUCCCGAACCACAAAAGAAAUUACGACGAUUGUUGGGACCAAUAAAUUAUUACGGAAAAUUUAUUCCAAACUGCGCAAUAAUAUUACAAACAUUAACGGACACUUUGCGAGGACAUACCCGAAAAUUUCAUCUGUCAAUAGAGGCUAUAUAGGCGUAUAAGAACGCUAAGCAAGUGCUAUAUAGGACGAAGUUAGUACCAGCCGUGAUGACAAACGCAUAGAACAUAGCAAUGGGGGCCAUACUGCAGCAGUUGGUAAACGGCACAUUGAAACCACUUUCGCUUUCGGAGAAUUUUUAUCGAUUUACUUGGCAAUAAAGCAUUUCCGACAUAUGAUAGAGGGUACCAUUUUCACAGUGUAUACAGAUCGUAAACCCGUCACGAAAGCAUUAAAUGUCAGGCAGGAUAACUAUUCGUCGAGGGAAAUUCGAAUUUAUUUCCCAAUUUAUGUCUAGCAUACAGGAUAUUAAAGGUAAUAAUAACGGAGUGGCACACGCGUUUCCCAGAACAAUGAUAAACGCCCUCAUCCAAUAUGAAAUCCUUUAUCAAAAAUUACCAGCAUUGCGAAAUAUGGAUGUUGAGCUAGACAGACUAGGGUCUGCCAACACAACCACUUUGGCACUAAAAGAAAUUCCAUUCGAAAAAGUAAACAUCACGUGUGCUACUUCUACGGGCCGACAACUACCACUUUUUCCUAAGCCACUAAGAUAAAAGGUUUUUGGAGCUAUGAAUAAAAGCCACAGUCAAACUAAUCAGCGAGUGUUUUGUAUGGCUAAAUUAAGAUAUAUCGUUACAUUACUUCCGUAGUAGGUCUUUUCCGUCAUCAUGAUAGCACGUUCAAGCAUAUACAUGUCGAUAUUGUCGAACCGCUGACGAUUUCACAUGGUUUUAGUUAUAUUUUCACCCGCAUUGAUAGAUUCACGUGAUGGCUUAUAGCAGUGUCCAUGAAAGACAAAUUCAGCUGAAAGAAGAAUCCAGUAACGACAAAAUAUGGUCACAACGACACAUAGCUAUUAUUCGUAUAAACUUCUAAAAGCACUUACUGUAAUUUAUUGAUCUUACGUUAUUAUCUUAUUUGGCCUCACAGCCAUAAAGGAACUGAAGCUUACACUUAGUUGUAAUAACUUACAUGAUAUUUACUAUCAUACCUCUUAAUUUCGUAAAUUUCGAAUAUCACUUGGUAUUAAACUGGAAUGGAUUGCCUAAAACAGAGUACGAAUUGACAUUUUCAUGG